AUGUGUCUGAAAGAGCAGGAUAUACCAAAGCGUGAUAAGGCCACUAUUGAUGCCUCUACAAGUAGAAUUAAUAGCUUACUUUUCAAGGUGAGAUCCCUUCGGAUGAGUGGCUCUUGUGCAUUGGAUCUUUGUGGGAUUGCAUGUGGAAGGCUUGAUCUUUUUUAUUUACAGGGAUUCGGGGGGCCUUGGGAUGUGGCAGGUGGUGCUGUGAUUGUUAAAGAAGCUGGAGGACUUGUGUUUGAUCCAUCAGGUAAAGAUUUUGACAUCACAUCUCAGCGAGUUGCAGCUUCAAAUCCUCUUCUGAAGGAUGCAUUUAUCGAGGCCUUGAGGCAAUCAGAAUGA